GAGUUGGUAACAUUGUGACAAUUACCAUUGCGUUUUUGUCAAGUCAGAAGAUAAAUUGAAACUCAUUUUCUGCUAGAAAUUCGUCGUUUCGUUUAUUUAUUUUAUUCCAGACUUCAAAAGUAAAAGGAUCAAUUACAAUGUCAGCUACUGCUCUAUUUGGAAAUACGUCGGGUCUCGGGGGGAGUUCAGGUGGAAACAAACACUUGGUAGAAUUCCGAGCUGGCAGAAUGACAUUGAAAGGCCGUAUGGUCCAUCCAGACAAGAGGAAGGGCCUUCUUUAUGUCUAUCAAGGAGAAGAUUCUCUUAUGCAUUUUUGUUGGAAGGAUCGCACUACAGGCGAAGUGGAGGAUGAUUUGCUAAUUUUCCCUGAUGAUUGUGAAUUUGUGCGGGUCAAUGAAUGUACCACUGGUAGAGUUUAUGUGCUGAAAUUUAAAUCAUUUUCAAAGAAAUAUUUCUUUUGGAUGCAAGAGCCCAAAACUGACAAGGAUGAUGAAUUAUGCCGUCGUAUAAAUGAAGCACUGAAUAAUCCUCCAACAUCAGGAGGUCGGGGAGGUGGUAGCAGCGGGGCGCAGGAUGGUGAAUUACAGAAUUUGCUCAACAAUAUGUCUCAGCAACAGUUGAUGCAGUUAUUCGGUGGAGUUGGUCAAAUUGGUGGAUUAUCUUCUCUGCUUGGAACAAUGGGAAAUAACAGCAGCAGCAACAGUGGCAGUACUAAUGCGAGCAGCAGACCCUCUGCUGGGAGCAAUAGCAGUUCCCGUGGGGGCAGUGCUCCUCGCACAACUGAAGCUCCAGCGGCUAGGACACCGUCACGUGCCAGGGAUGUACCUGCACCAACUGCAACACCACCCAACACUGCAACUGCUACUCAACCUAGAAGUGGGCAAAUAUUUCUAUCGGACUUGCAACGCUAUUUCUCUGGGCUAGGCACCGCGCCGGAGGAGGGCGCGCGCGUGGACCUGGCGGCCGCGCUCGCCGCGCCGGAGGUGGUGAGCACGGCCAGCGAGCCGGCCAACGCGCAGCGCCUCGCGCCGCACCUGCCGCCGACCGUGCCACAGGACGAUGUAAGGACCACACUGCUCUCACCGCAGUUCGCUCAGGCGGCCAAUCAGUUUUCCUCGGCUCUGUCAUCGGGACAAAUGGGUCCAGUGAUGUCGCAAUUCGGAUUACCGUCGGAUGUCACAUCAGCAGCAAAUACGGGAGAUAUGCAGGCUUUCUUCAAAGCUCUCGAGAAUACUUCCAGUUCCGACGCCAGCAAGUCCCAAGAGGAUGAAAAGAAAAAAGACAAACCGCAAGAUAAUAAAAAUGAUAAGAAGGACGGUGACGCCGGAAUGUCGCUUGACUAAUUUCAUCGAUAAUUAAUUCAUGUAUAUUAUUUUUAAUCGAGUCUAUUUAUUAGAUUCUUGACUCUCAAAGUAAUUUUGUGUUUUAAUGUAUAAUAAUCCCUUUUAUAGUUCUAUUGUAAGUCAUUUAAUUGGCUAUUGAACGUAAAGUGAAGAUGUGUGUUUAAUAGUGUUUUUUUAAAACUUCAUCGUCUUACAUUAUGUACCUACAAAAAUUGUAUGCUAUUCAAUAAAUUAAAUUUGAAUUUC